AUGUCCGACCAUUACAACCCCUUGGUUCCGCCCCUUGAGGCUUCAAGCACGAGUCGUUCAGGAGAUGUAAACAUCCCGCCGCCUGCAAAGGGUCGGGAUAAGCCCCAGCUAAGCUGCAAUGCAUGUCGGAGGCGCAAGGUCCGAUGUGACCGACUGCAGCCUUGCAGUAAUUGUUCAAGCCGGGGCCAUGGCACGUCGUGUAAAUACACGAAUACCCCGGUCUUAUCUGGGCGCUUCAAGAGUGGUGGCCAUGUGCAGGAGCGCAUCAAUCGGUUGGAGAACUUGGUGUUGGGGCUAAUGCAACAGAGCGCUCCGAAUUCCCAUGAAUCACCAUCUGAGUCGGGCCGGAUUGCGGAACAUCUUGUUGCCACACAGGAUAUAACCUUUGGUCGAAGGAUUUCCCCGAGUGGUUUGAAUGGCGAUGAGAGGUCGAAACUUACGCGAGCUGAACAAAUCCAGGACGAGAUGCCAUCCCCGUCCCCAUCCGACUAUGGCAGUAUCCGUCUUCAGGGGUCCGGCGUUAGCUACGUCAGCAGUGCACACUGGACCGCCGUUCUGGAUAGCAUUGACGAACUCAGGGAUCAUUUUGAACAGGAGGACAAUAGCCGCAUGAUCGGUUCCGAUGCAAUUCAGCCCCAAGUCAGCUUUCCCAGUCCCCAGCUUCUCUAUGGCGGGGGCCCUUUGCAUGUCACGCCGGCGUCAAUUCUCAAUUCACUCCCCACUCGGCCUACAGUUGAUCGGUUGGUAGCCCGUUACUUCAACUUCUUGGACAUGGCACCAGGCGUCCCACAUAGCGAUAAGUUCCUCCGUGAGUAUGAGGAGUUUUGGAAGUUUCCGGAAGCAGCGCCGAUAAUAUGGCUUGGACUUCUUUUUGGAAUGAUGUGCUUAUCGACACAAUUUCAACAGUCCUUUCUCGCACCUACCAACACUCUGUUUACUAGUGGGUACUCUCCGGGAUCGGCACAACCACAGGAGGGCGAUGAAGCGGUUUCCACGUUCCGAGAAAAUAUGAUACACUGUCUGAUACUUGGUCACUACACAAAAGGAGGGCCCUACGUUUUAGAGACUUUAAUUCUCUAUUUUAUGGUGGAGGUGUUUGCCGCCAAGGACACUGAAGCUGGCACUCGAAUUCUAGUCGGCAAUAUCGUCCAGAUCGCGAUGCAUAUGGGUUACCAUCGAGAUGCCAAGCAUUUCCCCAACAUUUCUCCAUUUGCAGGAGAGAUGAGGAGGCGCGUUUGGGCCCUAAUAGUGCAGCUGGAUUUUAGUAUCUCAAGUCAAGUGGGGCUUCCCCGGAUCAUCAAAGAAAACCAGACCGAUGUAACCGAACCAAGGAAUCUGGCUGAUUCCGACUUGAACGAAUUCAUCACUGAGCUCCCACCUUCCCGACCUGAAACGGAAGUGACACCCACUCUCUACACUCUAGCAAAGCUGAGACUUAUCUCUGUUGGGGCAAAGGUUGCGGACGUUGCCACGGAACCUCGGCCAUAUUCGUACGCACAUGUUCUUCAUCUCGAUAAGGAAAUAGAUGGGGCGCGCGAGGCACUACCAUCAAGCAUGAAAUGGGUCAGCCUUGCGUCGUCUCUCUCAGUUUCUUCACAGGUCAUCAUUCAGAGAAUCUGGCUAGAAGUCAGUGUCCAGCGCUUGAAGAUUGUUCUGCACAAGCAGUUCAUGGUUGCUUCACAUCCUCAACAACAAUACCCAUAUUCAGUUUCUGCAUGCUUGGUAGCUGCCACGAAGAUCCUCGAGCUGCAACACCUGAUCGACGAAGAGACUCAACUAAAUGGUCGAAUGUAUCAGAGCCGCUGGAGGGUGACUGCCUCGUUUACCCACGACUUCUUACUUGCUACUAGUAUUCUUUGUUUCUAUCUCCAGGCUCACGGAUCGGCAGAGGUAAGAGAUCACAGUGAUUCUGGAGAGAAGAGGCCCAUGCCUGUGAAUAUCGACGAGUUGAAGCAACUCCUGAGGAAGACGCAGGCGAUUUGGCUUCGAGAAAGUGAGACGUCCAGGGAAGCUCGAAGAGCUGCCGUAGCAUUGCAAUAUGUUAUUGGAGAUCCUGGAGCUGGUUCAGAUUCAUCUUUGCUUACACAGCGGCUUGAUCCGUCAUUUCAAGGUAAUACCGGUCCUUUCAGCUAG